AUGACCUCGUCGGAGGCUACUGCGUUUGCUGAAUCGCUUAGAGUCUAUACUGAAUACGACGAGCACCUUCCUCACCCUGGUUCAUUCUGGACGCGGUUUGUCUGUAUCUCCGACACCCAUUCCCGUACUAGAUAUCCUGUUCCUCCUGGAGACGUCCUUCUCCAUGCCGGAGACUUGUGCCGCUAUGGCUCGCUCUCAGACCUGAAUACUACUCUGAACUGGCUGAAGGAAAUGCCCCAUCCACUGAAGAUGCUGGACGCAGGAAAUGAAACAGGUGAGCGGCCAUCGUGUCUUCAAGGCGCCUUGUCCGCUCAGUUACUGAUCCGAAGCACUCCCGUGAGUGAAGCUGGGAUACGCUACUUGCAACAUGAGUUCUUCGAAUUCGCCACGAGCAGUGGAAAGCGGUGGAAGGUGUACGGCAGUCCAGUGCACAUCUAUGCUCGUAUACCCUCUAACACUGACAUCUUGCUCACCCACACGCCGCCAUACCGGGUCUUGGACCGGACGCGCAAGGGCAAGCAUGCUGGCUGUCCCCGCUUAGCCGCGAGAAUAAAGACCCUGCCUGCGUGUAGAUUACACGUCUUCGGACAUAUUCAUGAAGCCCAUGGGGCUGUUGUCGCGAAAGACCCGACUACGACAGGUCGCGUGUCUGUUAACGCUGCGGUAGCGUCGGGAGGAAAAGCAAUCAUCGUCGAUAUGAAGUAA